AUGCUCUUGCGAUCUCGGGUAAGAUCUUGGUCGUCCCUAUUUGGCCGCGUGGCGAUAAUCACGGCUCGACGUGUCGAGCUGGGAACACGUGACCGGGAAUGGAGAAGUAAGGAGGAAGAGGAGGAGGAGGAGGAGGAGGAGGAGGAGGAGGAGGAGGAGGAGGAGGAGGAGGAGGAGGAGGAGGAGGAGGAGGAGGAGGAGGAGGAGGAGGAGGAGGAGGAGGAGGAGGAGGACGAGGAGGAGGACGAGGAGGAGGAGGAGGAGGAGGAGGAGGAGGAGGAGGAGGAGGAGGAGGAGGAGGAGGAGGAGGAGGAGGAGGAGGAGGAGGAGGAGGAGGAGGAGGAGGAGGAGGAGGAGGAGGAGGACGAGGAGGAGGACGAGGACGAGGAGGAGGAGGAGGAGGAGGAGGAGGAGGAGGAGGAGGAGGAGGAGGAGGAGGAGGAGGAGGAGGAGGAGGAGGAGGAGGAGGAGGAGGAGGAGGAGGAGGAGGAGGAGGAGGACGAGGAGGAGGACGAGGAGGAGAUAGCAGUGGAGGAAGGAAGGGGCCUCGGAGGGCAAUGGAGGAGGGGCAGAGGGCACAGGAGAGGGCGAGGAGAGAGGGCGAAUCGCAGGACCGGGGAAAGGGCUCUGGCAUGCCCGAAAACAGUCUCGCCCUCCCCAGUUUCUCCUUGCAACGAAGGAGAGAGCAAGGAGGAGUUUUCCUCCCUCCUCCCUCCAUGCCCCCAGGCUGAUUUCUCACUCACCCUCAAGCUUGUGGCCGCCUCCUCACCCUCCUUUGCACUCACUCCCUCACUCACUUCCCUACACACUUCCUCACCCCCUCGCUCGCUCACUCGCUCCCUCACUUCCUCAAUCGCGUUCUCACUCAGUUUCUCUGCAUCUUUCCUCCAUACUUCAACGCCCUCCCCUCCUCCCUCCGCUCCUCCCUCCUCUCCUCUCUCCUCUCCUCCCUCCUCUCCUCCCUCCUCUCCUCCCUCCUCUCCUCCCUUCUCCCUCCCAUCAUGCCGGCACCUUCCUCCCCCCCCCACUGUCUCCCCCCCCACACCCCCCCCACUUGCAUCAGGUGCUGAAUCAGGUGUCGCAUCAGGUUUUUCGUCAGGUGCUGUAUCAGGAGCUGAAUCACCUGUUGCAUCAGGUGCUGCAUCAGGUGCUGUAUCAGGUGAUAUCUCAGGUGCCGCAGCAUCAGACAUUACUCCUCUAACUCUCCUGUCUCCCACUGCUUCAUCUUCUGUAAAACCAUCUCCCCUCUCACCCAUCCCUCCCCCUCUCCUGCCACCGCUCACCGUCCCCCACACAGGCGAAUCGACCGAUUCUGACUCAAGCAAAUCCAAAACCAGCUCACGUGCCAUUUCCGCCCCCCCCAUCCCCCCCAUCGAUCUCCUCCUCCCUAGAGGAGACUUUCUUCUCGAACUCCCCUGCCUCUCGCUCGUUCCUGUACCCUCAUCAGCCUUAGCCGAUAAAUCAUCAACCAUCCCCCCCACUCCCCCCAUAGACCUCCUCCUCCCCAGAGGAGACUUUCUUCUCGAACCGCCCUGCCUUUCGCUCUUUCCUGUACCCUCAUCAGCCCACCCACUCACAGCCAAUACAUUAUCAACCACCUCCCCCACUCCCCCCAUAGACCUCCUCCUUCCCAGAGGAGACUUUCUUCUCGAACUCCCCUGCCUUUCGCUCUUUCCUAUACCCUCCUCACCCGCUCGAUUUAGAGCCGCUAAACGGUCAGCCAUCCCCCCCAUUCCCCCGAUCGACCUCCUCCUCCCCAGAGGAGACUUCCUUCUCAAACCACUCUGCUUCUCUCGCGUUCCUGCUAUACCCUCAUCUGCCCACCCACUCACAGCCGAUGAAUAG